AUGUUUGAAGAACCAAUCAUGGAAUCUAUGCUCGAUUAUAAUCAGCAACUAACCCUAGAUCAGAAGUUGCAAACCAUGAAUCUACCCCUUAAAACUCUCUCAGAAGUCAAAGAGAGAUACAAAUACCAAAUUGAUUAUUCCACAUUACAAGAGAGAAAAUUCAAUCUUAGAAAAACUAGACAGCCUCUCAUUAUUUUUUCAUCUGCUGAAAUUGACAUAGCUCCCACAAGAACUGAAGUUAGGAUUAAAUCAGUGAUAUCUCCUAACAUCAAUUAAAGUCUCUUACAUGUUUCUGCUUAGCCAAAAAAUCCUAAAAGUAGAAGUCUAGGCUUCAGAAAAAAGCGCUAAUGA